GGAAGCACCGCGCCUCCCGUGACCUCUCAGGAGCUCACGACACCGAUUUCCACACCCAGCACCGGGCAACACACCGGGGACACAUCCCUACCCGUAGCCUCUAGUUUCACGCCAGUCUCCUCACAAGCCUCAAGGACAAGCGUACUCGUUGGCUCCACAGCACCGCCCUCCAGCCCCUCUCCUCAGCACACAGCAACCCCCUCCCAGCACCCGCCGAGUCCGAGUGUGGGGCCCACCAGGGAGGGCCCCGGCAGCGCCACGGCGGCGGUGAGCACGUCAGCUCCUUCCUCGUCCCCAGGCGGACCGACUCCGACAGGGGCCUCUUCGCAGGCGUCGCCCACCUCUGGGCAGAGCAGCACUCCGUCCCCGGCCAGUGGGGGCCACACGUCUCCAGGGAGGUCAGAAACGUCCGCGUCGCCAACCCCAACAGAGGCGACGUCAGCCCCCUCACGCGCAAGCAGCACGCCUCCGCCGACCGCAAGCGUGCUCACCACACCCAUUUCGACGGGCAGCACCGCAGCACACAGCGGGGACACGUCAACCCCGGUCACGACUCGGUCGAGUCCAGUCACCUCGCGGGUCGCCGUGACAACCGGACCAGGGGGUGCAUCGACAGCACCGUCUCCCAGCACCUCUGCUCCGGAGGCUUCGUCUCCUCAGCACCCCCAGACUCAGAGCCCGGAGACCACCGGGCAUCCUGGCACAAGCAGCACCGCGGCGGCCAGCGCAUCCGCUCCUUCGCCUAGCGCCAGCGGACUCACUCCCACGGAGGGCACGUCAUCACGGGAGACACCCACCCCCGGGACGGUCAGCGCGCCAGCCCCUUCCAGUGCUGCCCACGCAUCUCCAGAGACGUCAGCUGUGCGGACGUCACCUGCCUCAACGGCACACAGCAACCCCCUCCCAGCACCCGCCGAGUCCGAGUGUGGGGCCCACCAGGGAGGGCCCCGGCAGCGCCACGGCGGCGGUGAGCACGUCAGCUCCUUCCUCGUCCCCAGGCGGACCGACUCCGACAGGGGCCUCUUCGCAGGCGUCGCCCACCUCUGGGCAGAGCAGCACUCCGUCCCCGGCCAGUGGGGGCCACACGUCUCCAGGGAGGUCAGAAACGUCCGCGUCGCCAACCCCAACAGAGGCGACGUCAGCCCCCUCACGCGCAAGCAGCACGCCUCCGCCGACCGCAAGCGUGCUCACCACACCCAUUUCGACGGGCAGCACCGCAGCACACAGCGGGGACACGUCAACCCCGGUCACGACUCGGUCGAGUCCAGUCACCUCGCGGGUCGCCGUGACAACCGGACCAGGGGGUGCAUCGACAGCACCGUCUCCCAGCACCUCUGCUCCGGAGGCUUCGUCACCUCAGCACCCCCAGACUCAGAGCCCGGAGACCACCGGGCAUCCUGGCACAAGCAGCACCGCGGCGGCCAGCGCAUCCGCUCCUUCUGCUGCCCACGCAUCUCCAGAGACGUCAGCUGUGCGGACGUCACCCGCCUCAACGGGUCGGACUUCACCCCCUUCACAUGGAAGCACCGCACCUCCCGUGACCUCUCAGGAGCUCACGACACCGAUUUCCACACCCAGCACCGGGCAACACACCGGGGACACAUCCCUACCCCACACAGCAACCCCCUCCCAGCACCCGCCGAGUCCGAGUGUGGGGCCCACCAGGGAGGGCCCCGGCAGCGCCACGGCGGCGGUGAGCACGUCAGCUCCUUCCUCGUCCCCAGGCGGACCGACUCCGACAGGGGCCUCUUCGCAGGCGUCGCCCACCUCUGGGCAGAGCAGCACUCCGUCCCCGGCCAGUGGGGGCCACACGUCUCCAGGGAGGUCAGAAACGUCCGCGUCGCCAACCCCAACAGAGGCGACGUCAGCCCCCUCACGCGCAAGCAGCACGCCUCCGCCGACCGCAAGCGUGCUCACCACACCCAUUUCGACGGGCAGCACCGCAGCACACAGCGGGGACACGUCAACCCCGGUCACGACUCGGUCGAGUCCAGUCACCUCGCGGGUCGCCGUGACAACCGGACCAGGGGGUGCAUCGACAGCACCGUCUCCCAGCACCUCUGCUCCGGAGGCUUUGUCUCCUCAGCACCCCCAGACUCAGAGCCCGGAGACCACCGGGCAUCCUGGCACAAGCAGCACCGCGGCGGCCAGCGCAUCCGCUCCUUCUGCUGCCCACGCAUCUCCAGAGACGUCAGCUGUGCGGACGUCACCCGCCUCAACGGGUCGGACUUCACCCCCUUCACAUGGAAGCACCGCACCUCCCGUGACCUCUCAGGAGCUCACGACACCGAUUUCCACACCCAGCACCGGGCAACACACCGGGGACACAUCCCUACCCCACACAGCAACCCCCUCCCAGCACCCGCCGAGUCCGAGUGUGGGGCCCACCAGGGAGGGCCCCGGCAGCGCCACGGCGGCGGUGAGCACGUCAGCUCCUUCCUCGUCCCCAGGCGGACCGACUCCGACAGGGGCCUCUUCGCAGGCGUCGCCCACCUCUGGGCAGAGCAGCACUCCGUCCCCGGCCAGUGGGGGCCACACGUCUCCAGGGAGGUCAGAAACGUCCGCGUCGCCAACCCCAACAGAGGCGACGUCAGCCCCCUCACGCGCAAGCAGCACGCCUCCGCCGACCGCAAGCGUGCUCACCACACCCAUUUCGACGGGCAGCACCGCAGCACACAGCGGGGACACGUCAACCCCGGUCACGACUCGGUCGAGUCCAGUCACCUCGCGGGUCGCCGUGACAACCGGACCAGGGGGUGCAUCGACAGCACCGUCUCCCAGCACCUCUGCUCCGGAGGCUUCGUCACCUCAGCACCCCCAGACUCAGAGCCCGGAGACCACCGGGCAUCCUGGCACAAGCAGCACCGCGGCGGCCAGCGCAUCCGCUCCUUCUGCUGCCCACGCAUCUCCAGAGACGUCAGCUGUGCGGACGUCACCCGCCUCAACGGGUCGGACUUCACCCCCUUCACAUGGAAGCACCGCACCUCCCGUGACCUCUCAGGAGCUCACGACACCGAUUUCCACACCCAGCACCGGGCAACACACCGGGGACACAUCCCUACCCCACACAGCAACCCCCUCCCAGCACCCGCCGAGUCCGAGUGUGGGGCCCACCAGGGAGGGCCCCGGCAGCGCCACGGCGGCGGUGAGCACGUCAGCUCCUUCCUCGUCCCCAGGCGGACCGACUCCGACAGGGGCCUCUUCGCAGGCGUCGCCCACCUCUGGGCAGAGCAGCACUCCGUCCCCGGCCAGUGGGGGCCACACGUCUCCAGGGAGGUCAGAAACGUCCGCGUCGCCAACCCCAACAGAGGCGACGUCAGCCCCCUCACGCGCAAGCAGCACGCCUCCGCCGACCGCAAGCGUGCUCACCACACCCAUUUCGACGGGCAGCACCGCAGCACACAGCGGGGACACGUCAACCCCGGUCACGACUCGGUCGAGUCCAGUCACCUCGCGGGUCGCCGUGACAACCGGACCAGGGGGUGCAUCGACAGCACCGUCUCCCAGCACCUCUGCUCCGGAGGCUUCGUCUCCUCAGCAACCCCAGACUCAGAGCCCGGAGACCACAGGCGCCAGCGGACUCACUCCCACGGAGGGCACGUCAUCACGGGAGACACCCACCCCCGGGACGGUCAGCGCGCCAGCCCCUUCCAGUGCUGCCCACGCAUCUCCAGAGACGUCAGCUGUGCGGACGUCACCCGCCUCAACGGGUCGGACUUCACCCCCUUCACAUGGAAGCACCGCACCUCCCGUGACCUCUCAGGAGCUCACGACACCGAUUUCCACACCCAGCACCGGGCAACACACCGGGGACACAUCCCUACCCCACACAGCAACCCCCUCCCAGCACCCGCCGAGUCCGAGUGUGGGGCCCACCAGGGAGGGCCCCGGCAGCGCCACGGCGGCGGUGAGCACGUCAGCUCCUUCCUCGUCCCCAGGCGGACCGACUCCGACAGGGGCCUCUUCGCAGGCGUCGCCCACCUCUGGGCAGAGCAGCACUCCGUCCCCGGCCAGUGGGGGCCACACGUCUCCAGGGAGGUCAGAAACGUCCGCGUCGCCAACCCCAACAGAGGCGACGUCAGCCCCCUCACGCGCAAGCAGCACGCCUCCGCCGACCGCAAGCGUGCUCACCACACCCAUUUCGACGGGCAGCACCGCAGCACACAGCGGGGACACGUCAACCCCGGUCACGACUCGGUCGAGUCCAGUCACCUCGCGGGUCGCCGUGACAACCGGACCAGGGGGUGCAUCGACAGCACCGUCUCCCAGCACCUCUGCUCCGGAGGCUUCGUCUCCUCAGCACCCCCAGACUCAGAGCACGGAGACCACCGGGCAUCCUGCGCCAACGGACUCACUCCCACGGAGGGCACGUCAUCACGGGAGACACCCACCCCCGGGACGGUCAGCGCGCCAGCCCCUUCCAGUGCUGCCCACGCAUCUCCAGAGACGUCAGCUGUGCGGACGUCACCCGCCUCAACGGGUCGGACUUCACCCCCUUCACGUGGAAGCACCGCGCCUCCCGUGACCUCUCAGGAGCUCACGACACCGAUUUCCACACCCAGCACCGGGCAACACACCGGGGACACAUCCCUACCCGUAGCCUCUAGUUUCACGCCAGUCUCCUCACAAGCCUCAAGGACAAGCGUACUCGUUGGCUCCACAGCACCGCCCUCCAGCCCCUCUCCUCAGCACACAGCAACCCCCUCCCAGCACCCGCCGAGUCCGAGUGUGGGGCCCACCAGGGAGGGCCCCGGCAGCGCCACGGCGGCGGUGAGCACGUCAGCUCCUUCCUCGUCCCCAGGCGGACCGACUCCGACAGGGGCCUCUUCGCAGGCGUCGCCCACCUCUGGGCAGAGCAGCACUCCGUCCCCGGCCAGUGGGGGCCACACGUCUCCAGGGAGGUCAGAAACGUCCGCGUCGCCAACCCCAACAGAGGCGACGUCAGCCCCCUCACGCGCAAGCAGCACGCCUCCGCCGACCGCAAGCGUGCUCACCACACCCAUUUCGACGGGCAGCACCGCAGCACACAGCGGGGACACGUCAACCCCGGUCACGACUCGGUCGAGUCCAGUCACCUCGCGGGUCGCCGUGACAACCGGACCAGGGGGUGCAUCGACAGCACCGUCUCCCAGCACCUCUGCUCCGGAGGCUUCGUCUCCUCAGCACCCCCAGACUCAGAGCCCGGAGACCACCGGGCAUCCUGGCACAAGCAGCACCGCGGCGGCCAGCGCAUCCGCUCCUUCGCCUAGCGCCAGCGGACUCACUCCCACGGAGGGCACGUCAUCACGGGAGACACCCACCCCCGGGACGGUCAGCGCGCCAGCCCCUUCCAGUGCUGCCCACGCAUCUCCAGAGACGUCAGCUGUGCGGACGUCACCCGCCUCAACGGGUCGGACUUCACCCCCUUCACGUGGAAGCACCGCGCCUCCCGUGACCUCUCAGGAGCUCACGACACCGAUUUCCACACCCAGCACCGGGCAACACACCGGGGACACAUCCCUACCCGUAGCCUCUAGUUUCACGCCAGUCUCCUCACAAGCCUCAAGGACAAGCGUACUCGUUGGCUCCACAGCACCGCCCUCCAGCCCCUCUCCUCAGCACACAGCAACCCCCUCCCAGCACCCGCCGAGUCCGAGUGUGGGGCCCACCAGGGAGGGCCCCGGCAGCGCCACGGCGGCGGUGAGCACGUCAGCUCCUUCCUCGUCCCCAGGCGGACCGACUCCGACAGGGGCCUCUUCGCAGGCGUCGCCCACCUCUGGGCAGAGCAGCACUCCGUCCCCGGCCAGUGGGGGCCACACGUCUCCAGGGAGGUCAGAAACGUCCGCGUCGCCAACCCCAACAGAGGCGACGUCAGCCCCCUCACGCGCAAGCAGCACGCCUCCGCCGACCGCAAGCGUGCUCACCACACCCAUUUCGACGGGCAGCACCGCAGCACACAGCGGGGACACGUCAACCCCGGUCACGACUCGGUCGAGUCCAGUCACCUCGCGGGUCGCCGUGACAACCGGACCAGGGGGUGCAUCGACAGCACCGUCUCCCAGCACCUCUGCUCCGGAGGCUUCGUCUCCUCAGCACCCCCAGACUCAGAGCACGGAGACCACCGGGCAUCCUGGCACAAGCAGCACCGCGGCGGCCAGCGCAUCCGCUCCUUCGCCUAGCGCCAGCGGACUCACUCCCACGGAGGGCACGUCAUCACGGGAGACACCCACCCCCGGGACGGUCAGCGCGCCAGCCCCUUCCAGUGCUGCCCACGCAUCUCCAGAGACGUCAGCUGUGCGGACGUCACCCGCCUCAACGGGUCGGACUUCACCCCCUUCACGUGGAAGCACCGCGCCUCCCGUGACCUCUCAGGAGCUCACGACACCGAUUUCCACACCCAGCACCGGGCAACACACCGGGGACACAUCCCUACCCGUAGCCUCUAGUUUCACGCCAGUCUCCUCACAAGCCUCAAGGACAAGCGUACUCGUUGGCUCCACAGCACCGCCCUCCAGCCCCUCUCCUCAGCACACAGCAACCCCCUCCCAGCACCCGCCGAGUCCGAGUGUGGGGCCCACCAGGGAGGGCCCCGGCAGCGCCACGGCGGCGGUGAGCACGUCAGCUCCUUCCUCGUCCCCAGGCGGACCGACUCCGACAGGGGCCUCUUCGCAGGCGUCGCCCACCUCUGGGCAGAGCAGCACUCCGUCCCCGGCCAGUGGGGGCCACACGUCUCCAGGGAGGUCAGAAACGUCCGCGUCGCCAACCCCAACAGAGGCGACGUCAGCCCCCUCACGCGCAAGCAGCACGCCUCCGCCGACCGCAAGCGUGCUCACCACACCCAUUUCGACGGGCAGCACCGCAGCACACAGCGGGGACACGUCAACCCCGGUCACGACUCGGUCGAGUCCAGUCACCUCGCGGGUCGCCGUGACAACCGGACCAGGGGGUGCAUCGACAGCACCGUCUCCCAGCACCUCUGCUCCGGAGGCUUCGUCUCCUCAGCACCCCCAGACUCAGAGCCCGGAGACCACCGGGCAUCCUGGCACAAGCAGCACCGCGGCGGCCAGCGCAUCCGCUCCUUCGCCUAGCGCCAGCGGACUCACUCCCACGGAGGGCACGUCAUCACGGGAGACACCCACCCCCGGGACGGUCAGCGCGCCAGCCCCUUCCAGUGCUGCCCACGCAUCUCCAGAGACGUCAGCUGUGCGGACGUCACCCGCCUCAACGGGUCGGACUUCACCCCCUUCACGUGGAAGCACCGCGCCUCCCGUGACCUCUCAGGAGCUCACGACACCGAUUUCCACACCCAGCACCGGGCAACACACCGGGGACACAUCCCUACCCGUAGCCUCUAGUUUCACGCCAGUCUCCUCACAAGCCUCAAGGACAAGCGUACUCGUUGGCUCCACAGCACCGCCCUCCAGCCCCUCUCCUCAGCACACAGCAACCCCCUCCCAGCACCCGCCGAGUCCGAGUGUGGGGCCCACCAGGGAGGGCCCCGGCAGCGCCACGGCGGCGGUGAGCACGUCAGCUCCUUCCUCGUCCCCAGGCGGACCGACUCCGACAGGGGCCUCUUCGCAGGCGUCGCCCACCUCUGGGCAGAGCAGCACUCCGUCCCCGGCCAGUGGGGGCCACACGUCUCCAGGGAGGUCAGAAACGUCCGCGUCGCCAACCCCAACAGAGGCGACGUCAGCCCCCUCACGCGCAAGCAGCACGCCUCCGCCGACCGCAAGCGUGCUCACCACACCCAUUUCGACGGGCAGCACCGCAGCACACAGCGGGGACACGUCAACCCCGGUCACGACUCGGUCGAGUCCAGUCACCUCGCGGGUCGCCGUGACAACCGGACCAGGGGGUGCAUCGACAGCACCGUCUCCCAGCACCUCUGCUCCGGAGGCUUCGUCUCCUCAGCACCCCCAGACUCAGAGCACGGAGACCACCGGGCAUCCUGGCACAAGCAGCACCGCGGCGGCCAGCGCAUCCGCUCCUUCGCCUAGCGCCAGCGGACUCACUCCCACGGAGGGCACGUCAUCACGGGAGACACCCACCCCCGGGACGGUCAGCGUGCCAGCCCCUUCCAGUGCUGCCCACGCAUCUCCAGAGACGUCAGCUGUGCGGACGUCACCCGCCUCAACGGCACAUAGCAACCCCCUCCCAGCACCCGCCGAGUCCGAGUGUGGGGCCCACCAGGGAGGGCCCCGGCAGCGCCACGGCGGCGGUGAGCACGUCAGCUCCUUCCUCGUCCCCAGGCGGACCGACUCCGACAGGGGCCUCUUCGCAGGCGUCGCCCACCUCUGGGCAGAGCAGCACUCCGUCCCCGGCCAGUGGGGGCCACACGUCUCCAGGGAGGUCAGAAACGUCCGCGUCGCCAACCCCAACAGAGGCGACGUCAGCCCCCUCACGCGCAAGCAGCACGCCUCCGCCGACCGCAAGCGUGCUCACCACACCCAUUUCGACGGGCAGCACCGCAGCACACAGCGGGGACACGUCAACCCCGGUCACGACUCGGUCGAGUCCAGUCACCUCGCGGGUCGCCGUGACAACCGGACCAGGGGGUGCAUCGACAGCACCGUCUCCCAGCACCUCUGCUCCGGAGGCUUCGUCUCCUCAGCACCCCCAGACUCAGAGCCCGGAGACCACCGGGCAUCCUGGCACAAGCAGCACCGCGGCGGCCAGCGCAUCCGCUCCUUCGCCUAUGCUGCCCACGCAUCUCCAGAGACGUCAGCUGUGCGGACGUCACCCGCCUCAACGGGUCGGACUUCACCCCCUUCACAUGGAAGCACCGCACCUCCCGUGACCUCUCAGGAGCUCACGACACCGAUUUCCACACCCAGCACCGGGCAACACACCGGGGACACAUCCCUACCCGUAGCCUCUAGUUUCACGCCAGUCUCCUCACAAGCCUCAAGGACAAGCGUACUCGUUGGCUCCACAGCACCGCCCUCCAGCCCCUCUCCUCAGCACACAGCAACCCCCUCCCAGCACCCGCCGAGUCCGAGUGUGGGGCCCACCAGGGAGGGCCCCGGCAGCGCCACGGCGGCGGUGAGCACGUCAGCUCCUUCCUCGUCCCCAGGCGGACCGACUCCGACAGGGGCCUCUUCGCAGGCGUCGCCCACCUCUGGGCAGAGCAGCACUCCGUCCCCGGCCAGUGGGGGCCACACGUCUCCAGGGAGGUCAGAAACGUCCGCGUCGCCAACCCCAACAGAGGCGACGUCAGCCCCCUCACGCGCAAGCAGCACGCCUCCGCCGACCGCAAGCGUGCUCACCACACCCAUUUCGACGGGCAGCACCGCAGCACACAGCGGGGACACGUCAACCCCGGUCACGACUCGGUCGAGUCCAGUCACCUCGCGGGUCGCCGUGACAACCGGACCAGGGGGUGCAUCGACAGCACCGUCUCCCAGCACCUCUGCUCCGGAGGCUUCGUCUCCUCAGCACCCCCAGACUCAGAGCACGGAGACCACCGGGCAUCCUGGCACAAGCAGCACCGCGGCGGCCAGCGCAUCCGCUCCUUCGCCUAGCGCCAGCGGACUCACUCCCACGGAGGGCACGUCAUCACGGGAGACACCCACCCCCGGGACGGUCAGCGCGCCAGCCCCUUCCAGUGCUGCCCACGCAUCUCCAGAGACGUCAGCUGUGCGGACGUCACCCGCCUCAACGGGUCGGACUUCACCCCCUUCACGUGGAAGCACCGCGCCUCCCGUGACCUCUCAGGAGCUCACGACACCGAUUUCCACACCCAGCACCGGGCAACACACCGGGGACACAUCCCUACCCGUAGCCUCUAGUUUCACGCCAGUCUCCUCACAAGCCUCAAGGACAAGCGUACUCGUUGGCUCCACAGCACCGCCCUCCAGCCCCUCUCCUCAGCACACAGCAACCCCCUCCCAGCACCCGCCGAGUCCGAGUGUGGGGCCCACCAGGGAGGGCCCCGGCAGCGCCACGGCGGCGGUGAGCACGUCAGCUCCUUCCUCGUCCCCAGGCGGACCGACUCCGACAGGGGCCUCUUCGCAGGCGUCGCCCACCUCUGGGCAGAGCAGCACUCCGUCCCCGGCCAGUGGGGGCCACACGUCUCCAGGGAGGUCAGAAACGUCCGCGUCGCCAACCCCAACAGAGGCGACGUCAGCCCCCUCACGCGCAAGCAGCACGCCUCCGCCGACCGCAAGCGUGCUCACCACACCCAUUUCGACGGGCAGCACCGCAGCACACAGCGGGGACACGUCAACCCCGGUCACGACUCGGUCGAGUCCAGUCACCUCGCGGGUCGCCGUGACAACCGGACCAGGGGGUGCAUCGACAGCACCGUCUCCCAGCACCUCUGCUCCGGAGGCUUCGUCUCCUCAGCACCCCCAGACUCAGAGCCCGGAGACCACCGGGCAUCCUGGCACAAGCAGCACCGCGGCGGCCAGCGCAUCCGCUCCUUCGCCUAGCGCCAGCGGACUCACUCCCACGGAGGGCACGUCAUCACGGGAGACACCCACCCCCGGGACGGUCAGCGCGCCAGCCCCUUCCAGUGCUGCCCACGCAUCUCCAGAGACGUCAGCUGUGCGGACGUCACCCGCCUCAACGGGUCGGACUUCACCCCCUUCACGUGGAAGCACCGCGCCUCCCGUGACCUCUCAGGAGCUCACGACACCGAUUUCCACACCCAGCACCGGGCAACACACCGGGGACACAUCCCUACCCGUAGCCUCUAGUUUCACGCCAGUCUCCUCACAAGCCUCAAGGACAAGCGUACUCGUUGGCUCCACAGCACCGCCCUCCAGCCCCUCUCCUCAGCACACAGCAACCCCCUCCCAGCACCCGCCGAGUCCGAGUGUGGGGCCCACCAGGGAGGGCCCCGGCAGCGCCACGGCGGCGGUGAGCACGUCAGCUCCUUCCUCGUCCCCAGGCGGACCGACUCCGACAGGGGCCUCUUCGCAGGCGUCGCCCACCUCUGGGCAGAGCAGCACUCCGUCCCCGGCCAGUGGGGGCCACACGUCUCCAGGGAGGUCAGAAACGUCCGCGUCGCCAACCCCAACAGAGGCGACGUCAGCCCCCUCACGCGCAAGCAGCACGCCUCCGCCGACCGCAAGCGUGCUCACCACACCCAUUUCGAUGGGCAGCACCGCAGCCUCAACUUCUUCAUUCCUACCAAGAAUGAUCACAACCUCAGGAAGAGCCAGUCAGAGAAGCACAGCAACAUUUCUACCCUCAACACCCUCCCAGACCCUUAGACCAUCUGCUCCCAGCACAUCCGAGGGCUCCCACUCCACAGUUGCCCCAGUCCUGACCUCACCUGAGAAAGGUAUUUCCCUCUUCCCCUACGGACCUAGUGCUGGAGACCAGGAGUUUGUCAGAAGGACUGUGGACUUCACCUCAUCACUCUUCAAGCCCCAGAUUGGCUUCCCUUUUGGCUCCUCCCUCCGGGAUUUCCUCUAUUUCACAGAUAAUGGCCAGAUCAUUUUCCCGGAGUCAGAGUACCAGAUUUUUGCCUACCCCAACCCUUUCCUUAGAGGCUUCACAGGCUGGGACGCUGUGGCCCUGGUGGCUCCAUUCUGGGAUGACGCCGAUUUCUCCAGCUGCCGGGGAACCAUAUUUUACCAGGAAUAUGAGACACUCUUUGGUGAAUACAACCCACUAAUCUGGCAGGUGGAGUCUUGGAUUAAAAAGUUAACAAACACCUGGAACUAUAAAGCAAGGUGGACCCUAAAGGUCACAUGGGUCAAUGCCACUGCCUAUCCUGCCCAGUGGACCUUAGGGACCAACACCUACCAAGCCAUCCUCUCCACAGACGGAAGCAGGUCGUACACCCUGUUUCUCUAUGAAAGCGGCGGUAUGCGAUGGGAUGUGACCCAGCACCCAUACAACUCAGCCCUCAUGGGUUUCUCCAGUGGAGAUGGGUAUUUGGAAAACAGCCCACUGACGUCGCAGCCAGUGUGGAAGAAGUAUCGUCCAGACCAGUUCCUGGAACCCAACUCAGGCCUCAGGGGGUUGCAGGUUUAUAGGCUGCACAGGGAAGAAAGACCCAACUACCGCCUCAGGUGCCUGCAGUGGUUGAAAACACAGCCUGAGUGGCCCACCUGGGGCUGGCCCCAGGUCUCCUGCCCUUGCUCCUGGCAGCAGGGACUGUGGGACUUACGGUUCCAGCCCACCAGUACAGGCUGGUGGGGCCUCGGCAGCAGGCAGCUCUGCAGCUUCUCCUCCUGGCGUGGGGGCUUGUGCUGCAGCUACGGGCCUUGGGGAGAGCUGCUCACAGGCUGGCCGGUGCGGACUCCUUGGCAGUUUGACCAAGAACUGGAGCCACAGAACUGGUGUUGCCGCUGGAAUGACAGGCCCUCCUUCUGUGCCCUGUACCAGCAAAGGCGGCCGCACAUCGGCUGUACUGGGUACUGGCCCCCAUGGCCCGCCUGGAUGUUCGGGGACCCCCACAUCACCACCUUUGAUGGUGUCAACUACACCUUCAGUGGGCUGGGGGACUUUGUGCUGGUCCAGGCCCAGGAUGGAAACUCAUCCUUCCUGAUGCAGGGCCGCACCGCCCAGACCGGCUCGGCCCAGGCCUCCAACUUCGUGGCUUUUGCUGCCCAGUACCACUCCAGCAGCCUGGUGGACCCCUUCACGGUUCAGUGGAUUCUUAAGCCCAGUGACACAAUCCAUGUGCAGCUCAAUAACCAGACUGUGACAUUUGACACUAACCAUGAAGAUGCAGAAGGCCAGGAGAUAUUCAAUGACACCGGAGUUGUGAUCACCCGCAAUGGCUCCCUGGUGUCAGCCAGCUUCGAUGGGACGGUGACUGUGUCAGUGAUUGCUCUCUCCAACAUCCUGCAUGCCUCCUGCAGCCUCCCAGAGGAGUAUCGAGACCGCACAGGGGGCCUCCUGGGGGUCUGGAAUGAUGAUCCCGGUGAUGACUUCAGGAUGCCCGAUGGCUCCACACUUCCCCCAGGGAGCUCUGAGGAAACCCUUUUUCACUAUGGAAUGACCUGGAAAGUCAAUGAAACAAGCCUCUUUGGCAAGAGGGACGACCAUCUGCCUUCCAAUUUCACCCCUGUCUUCCUUUCCCAACUGUUGGGAAACAAAUCCUUGGAUGGAAAUCUGACCUCCAAGUGCAAUGGAGAAGAGCAAUGCAUCUAUGACACCCUGGCCACACAAAACACAAGCAUUGGACUGUACACUCAGAUGCUCUUCAGAAGAUACCAGACGAUAAAUAUCACCCUCAAUCAGUACCCACCUUCUAUCAUGGGUGAUCAUGUGGUGGAAGCCUACAUAGGGCAGACCAGGAAGCUUCAGUACACCAGCAGCUCUGAGGAUGUCACAUUCACUCUCAGAAGCAGCAACCCCAAUUUCAAGCUCCUUGAAAAUGGGACAUUGCUAUGGACACCAAAGUCCCUGGAACCAUUUACUCUGGAGAUUCUAGCAAGGAAUGUCAAGGACAACUUAUCAUCUGUCCUCCAGCCGAAGACAGUGGUCUGCGCUUGCAGGGCAGCCAGCCAGUGUCUGUACAACCAGACAAGCCGGAUGGGCAUCUCCUCCCUGGAGGUGGCCGGCUGCAAGUGUGAUGAGAACACCUUCGGCCGCUUCUGUGAACAGCCCAAGGACCUGUGUGAGGAGCAGUGUUUCCAGAAUGUGAAGUGCAUUCCUGGGGAGGGCUGUGAGGACUGCCCCCUGAACAUGACUGGGGAUGGACGUCACUGUGCAGCUUUGCAGAAUUCUUCCCUCUGCUGGAACAAGUCCUGCCCUGUGGACUACUGCUACAAUCGUGGCCACUGCUUCAUCUCCCAGGCUCCGGACUGCCAGCCCACCUGCAGCUGCCCCCCCGCCUUCACCGACAACCGCUGCUUCCUGGCUGGGAACAACUUCAUCCCGACCAUCCCUCUAGAGCUUCCUGAAAGAAUCAUCCAGCUCUCACUCAGUGAAGAAGAAAAUGCCUCCAUGGCAGAGGUCAAUGCCUCGGUGGCCUACAGACUGGGGAACUUGGACACGGGGGCCUUUCUCUGGAACAGCGAUGUGCAACAAAUCAAUCCCCCUAUGGCACUGGCCUCUGGACGCUGCCUUCAACACUGGAGGGUCACCUCCAAGUUCCAGUACCUCCCUCGAGGCCCGGUCAUCCACUUCCUGAACACCCAGCUGCUGGAUGCAGUGGUGCAGGCAUUCUUACUCCAGACCUCGGGCAUGAGGCAGAAGAGUAGUGAGGGGCCCAGGAACAACGUGGUCUUCUACCCCAUCUCCAGGGAGGAUGUGUACAGCGUGAUGGCUUUCAACGUGAGCACACUGAAGACUUACUUCCAGUGCAAUGGCUACAAGGGCUACCACAUGGUCUACAGCCCCCAGAGAGGCCUCACCUGCGUGUCCCCAUGUCGUGAGGGCUACUGUGAGCACGGAGGCCAGUGCCAGCACCUGCCCAAUGGGCCCUGCUGCAGCUGUGUGCCUUUCUCCAUCUACACGCCCUGGGGUGUGCGCUGUGAGUACCUGAGCGUGAAACUCGGCGCCUUCUUCGGGAUCCUCUUUGGAGCCCUGGGCGUCCUCUUGCUGCUGGGGAUUGUGGCGUUUGUGGUUCUGCGCUUCUGGGGUUGCCCCCGAAAACGGUAUUCCUACUCGGUGGAGUCAAAAAGCUGAGGCCUCACCCCAACUCGGCAGCCGUGGCCUAGGAUACCUCAGGACCCACCCCAGCCUCACCUGCACUCUUCCCAGCGACAUGGCUUUGGGGAGCCUGCAUAAAGUAAGGUGACCGUAGGCGACUCAGGAUUCUUCAAGCAGAAUGAAUAAUGACAAUUAAUAAUAAUAAAGACAAGACCACACCUUCUCAGUAGACACACAAGGGGACAAAAAUAUGCACAGAGAGGACUGUGACCUAUACACACACACGCAUACACACUGGAGUUAACAAUGCGGUGAAGUCUCUUAGUUAAAAACCAACAUGUAUUUGCACUCAAAGCUCUCCAGUUUACUUCUAAUUAAAGUUUAUUUAAAUAAGAUCCCUCUGACUUUUUGUGUUUCCAAGGCCAUAGAUGUUAUUUGUGGUUUUCCUCUGGUGACUGUAGGGCUAGGUAUGGGCGGGUGGAGGAGUAGAGGUGGGUUGGACCCAGUCCUGCUUAAGUCCUCAGUUACUCCAUUUUGGGAAGCUUCGUUACUCUAGCCCAGACUUGGAUUCUUACUUCAGCUUCCACAUCCCUUUCUUCCCCUCCCAACAGAAGUCAAGGCCUGGCCCUCUGCAGCAGACUGUGGAGAUACCACAUAUGGAAUAUCCUGGACUUUUUUCCCAGGACCCUUCUGUCCUGGUCUCUGUCCAUCAGUUUCAAAAGAAUAAACACACAGUGCCUUUUCCUGUUUAAUUCCUAUCCCCACUGCUUGUAUUCCCUCGGGGGACUACAUCAUUUCACUUCCCUCUACAGGAACCAACCAAAGAAGCAUGCCACCCACCCCAUCCUUAGACCUGGGAUAUGCAAUCCAUGAUACACUUUCUCUGUCCUUUCUUGAGCCCAGGGCAGAGUCUUCUGAGGUUCUCCACCCCACAGCCCCUCAACCCUACUCUGCUUGUUCCC